AUGCCUGAAAACAGCAGGACUGUCGAACGUAUGUCAGAAAUGACAUUCAAAGAAGAGAGGGUUGUUAUCAGUGGAAUGUCUGGUCUAUAUCCGGCUUCCAAGUCGAUUAAAGAUUUGGCUGACGUUUUGUACAACAAGAAAAAUCCUAUAACAUCUGAAAACCAGCGUUGGAAUUACUCUCAUCCAGAAGUGGUGCAGUACACAGGAAAGCUACCUGAACUGAAUAAGUUUGAUGCACAAUUCUUUAAGGUGCAUUAUCGCCUCGCGAAUAACAUGGACCCAAUGGCGAAAAAAGUCUUAGAACAGACCUAUCAAGCUAUUUAUGAUGCCGGUGUCAGUCCUGAACACCUUUCAGGAAAGAAUGUGGGCGUGUACAUCGGUAUGUCCUAUUCUGAAACAGAAAAAGCUUGUUUUUAUGUGGCAGACUGCAGAACAGGUUUUGGUAUUGCCGGGUGUAACAAAGCAAUGUUUGCAAAUCGCAUAUCGUAUUGGUUGAACGUCAAAGGACCAUCGUUGGCUGUUGACGAAGCUUGCUGCAGUUCUAUCGCAGCCUUAGAACAGGCUUUUUUUGCGAUAAGCCGGGGCGAAUGUGAGGCGGCCAUUGUCGGAGCGGUCAAUUUGUGUCUUCACCCGCAAUGCUUAGUUCACUAUGGCAGGAUUGUGAAUCUCUGCAUGGACGGAAAAACGAAGUCUUUUGAUCGACAUGCAGACGGGUGCGCAAAAUCUGAAGCUAUCAAUGUUUUAUUUCUUCAGAAAGCUAAAAACGCUCUCAGAAUUUACGCCAAGAUUGUGCACGUCAAAUCGGGAAUCACGAUGCUUUUGGAAGGAGAAACCGGACCCAGAUUUGGCUUUGAUCGUGACCCAAAAGACACGGCAACUUUCUUGAAGAAUUUUUAUGAAGAGGCUGGUGUUUCACCUGACGUUGUUGAAUAUGUUGAAGCGUUUGGUUCAGGCGUACUCGAAGCUGAUAAGUCUGAAAUAGAAGCCAUCGAUAGUGUUUUUUGUAAAAAUAGAAAGAAUCCGCUGGCAAUCGGUAGUGUUAUGUCAAACAUUGGCAACAGCGAUGCUGCCUCCGGAAUUUCAUCCAUUACGAAGGUGCUGUUAGGUUAUGAGACCGGUCUGCUAGCCGGUAAUCUCCACUACAAGACACCUAGAGAUGAUAUCAGUGCAAUUCGCGACGGAAGAGUAUACGUGCUGGAUGAUCACGCACCGACUAAACGAAAUUACGCAGCCGUUAAUAGCAUGUCGCUGACUGGAAUCAACGCUCACGUUCUCCUGAAAGGACAUUACAAGAGAAAGGAUCCCAACCGGUACAAGUCAAGCAUUCCACAUUUGGUUGCGAUCUCGGGAAGGCAAGACUCUGCAGUCAGAACUGUUAUCGACGAUUUGAAAUCACGGCCCAUAGAUCCGGAAGAAUUGGCGUUGUUGCAUAACAUCCACCAAACAACAAUAUCUGGACAUAUGGGAAGAGGGUUUGUUAUUUUAGAUCAAGAUGAUGAGCAGAAUACUGUAUGUCUAAAAGAAAGGAUAGAGUACUUUGACGAUGCCAUACGUCCUUUGUGGUUCGUGUACAGCGGCAUGGGAUCGCAAUGGCCCACGAUGGGGAAACAGCUUAUGCGCAUUCCUAUAUUUGCGGCUUCUAUUGAAAGGUGCCGACGCGUAUUGGAACCAAAAGGAGUGAAUAUUGUGGACAUAUUGACAUCUUCUGAUAGUACGAUUUUUGAUAACAUUUUACAUUCGUUCGUUGGAAUAGCAGCCGUGCAGAUUGGAUUAACUGACAUUUUAAAGUCUCUCGGUAUUGAGCCUGAUAAAAUAAUUGGUCAUAGUGUUGGUGAACUGGGUUGCGCGUACGCUGACGGAUGCUUGACAACAGAAGAGAUGAUACUGUCGGCGUACAGUCGUGGGCUAGUCUCUGUUCAAACUCCCUUCAUACAAGGUUCCAUGGCUGCCGUAGGAAUAGGAUACCAAGAGAUAUCGAAAAUGUGUCCGCCGUCAAUAGAAGUAGCCUGUCAUAACAGUUCACAAUCAAGCACCGUAUCCGGUCCCGCGCAAGACAUGAAGCAGUUCAUCGCUGAAUUGGUGGCAAAAGGAAUUUUCGCUAAAGAAGUUCCAUGCUCUAACAUCGCUUAUCAUUCACGAUACAUUGCUGAAGCUGGACCUGGCUUAUUGAAGUAUUUGAAAGAAGUAAUCAAGACACCCAGAAUGCGUAGUGAUCGUUGGGUAUCUACGUCAGUUCCCCAACACAGAUGGAAUGAGCCUUCUGCUAAGUAUUCAUCAGCAGAAUACCACACUAACAACUUACUAAAUCCAGUUUUAUUUGAAGAAACUGCGAAUUUGAUACCAUCAAAUGCUGUGCUCAUUGAGAUAGCACCACAUGGCUUACUUCAAGCGAUUCUUAAACGCUCCUUACCUUCUAACUGUCUCAAUAUAGCUUUAACACGCAGGGGACACCCGAAUAAUGCUGUAUUGCUACUAGAAGCCAUUGGCAACUUGUACAUGGAAGGUUUUACUCCGAGGUUACAAGAAUUGUAUCCGAAAGUCGAAUUUCCGGUUUCCACUGGAACACCAAUGCUCUCUCAUUUGGUAGAAUGGGUCCAUUCUGAAAAAUGGCCUCUUCCACUGUUUGUGUCGGCCCACAGGAUAACGGCUGCUUCUUGUAAAUUUGUUAUUUCUCUCCACGACGAUGAAAGUAAUAUCUUCUAUGGCAACGUGAUAAGGGGUAAAAUAUUAUAUCCGUUUGCGGCUGCGUUAGUGGCAGCAUGGGACACUUUAGCUAUGACUCUGCAAAUUCCAAAAAAUCAGAUGUCGGUAACAUUUCAUAAUGUAAAACUGUACUCACAGCCGAUACUACAUGAGCAGAGGCAACUGAGGCUUGGCGUUGCUUUACACAGAGGCACUGGAAGAUUCGAAAUCAUGAGUGAACAUAGUAAAGUUGCAACAGGUUUCAUAAUAAAAACCAAAGUUGUAAAUCAAUGUAUCAAUGAAGUUGAUUCGGAUCAUAAGGACAUGGAAUUGAACGCGGAUGACAUUUAUCAUCUACUAAAACUGCGCGACUACUCUUAUAGCGUGGGAAAGCCUCACUCAAGAUGGAUCGACGAUCUGUUCAAGAUCACGGGAAUCCGCUAUUUGCAGGAAUUGCUUGUGCUAUCACUAAUGUACGUUGUUCAUUUCAGCGGAGAUUUUCGGAGUGUACAUAAUGGAAAUUCUAUACUGAAUUCAUUUUCAAUUAUUUGGAAUGAUAACUGGGUGACAUUUAUUGAUGGUUUGCUACAAGUUAAUGCAUUAAGACAACGACAUGACGGAGUAUCUCAGCCCGCGGAAAUUAGAAAAUUAUGUAUAGAUGUUACCGAGCACAGAAAGCAUAUUACGAAAGUUGAUAACAAGGAAAUAAUACCAGCCAAGGUUCUUGAAAAGCAUGAAACCACAAAAGCUGGAGGUGUAUUAUUGCAGGGACUAUUAUUCCAGCAAUUACCACCGGUGAUCCUUAAGGGCAUCUGCCUGAAAUCUUCAAAAUUCAUCCCUCGCUUCAACGCGAAAUUAGAUGAUGUCUCAGCUAUACAUGUUUUUCUACAAAUCGUAAUGGAAAAUAUUGACAAAGACGAACUCAACGUUCUUGGAAUUUUAAAUGACAGCGGUCUUGUUCAUCCAGCCCUCGCUAAAAUCACAAAUGAAUUUAAUGGAAUAUCUAUACAUUACAAAGAACUCAGCCGUAAGAUUUUAAUUACAAAAAAAUCCGAACAUUUAGCUGAUGCAGACCUUGUAGUUGUUCGAGGCAUGACCACAGAUAGCUGUGUGUGUCAAAUAUUUUUUCAAGAACUGAAACGUGGCAUUUUUAUUUUGAACAUUGAAGAUAAAGUUAAAAGUAAUGAUGAUCGUCCGGAUGCCCUUUACCGCGUCGUGUCGUCCAUAGGAAAAUUGCAGCUUCUUCGUUGGAGACCGUCGGAAGUUCACGAUAUUGGGGCAGCAGUUUCUGUGACUAGACAAUCAGAUAUUGCGCUGUUAAUAUCAACUCUAAAUUCGCUAUCUCCUCGAAGCCGUCUACUUGUUUUCACAGUGUACCCACCAUUGGAGGGAUUUUUGGAUCUAAUACGUCGCUGGCGAAAAGAAAACGGUUUUAAUAAUAUCUACGUGAUUAUGGGCGAUCAUGAGUCGCAUAAUCUAGCCAAUUUAAACUUGUCGAUAAAUGUAUCGAAGAAUGGUGCAUUUGGCGGUUACUACUAUUUACCACUGAAACAAGAGGCUACGAAAGAGGAUUGCGAAUUAAAAUUGGAAUGUUCGGUUACUGGAAAUCUUAAUUCCUUGAAAUGGGUGCAAAAUUCUCAAAGCAGUACUCCAGGAAUCGAAGUCAAAGUACACUAUGCAGGCUUAUCGAAGAUGGAUGUAUCAAAAGCUUUGGGAGAAAGUAUCGUCAUAAAUUCGAAUGUCAAUUGUUUUGGAUUUGACUUUUCCGGGGUCACAAGAAGUGGUGCUCGAGUCAUGGGUAUUGCAGUAAAUGGUUCAUGCAAGAGCACGGUGAGAGCCCGUACAGAUUUGCUGUGGCCGAUUCCAGACCAUUGGGAUUUCGAAGAAGCUGCCACUGUACCUAUGGCGUAUUUAACAGCAUUUUAUUGUCUCCAUUUUUGUGUUAGUUCAUGGUUGAAUAAAAUCCUGAAAUUUUACAACAUAGUGCCCAAAUCUAAACGCAUGUUGACUUCGAACUAG